AUGCCACCCCACAAGCCCUCUUUAAAGGUGGGAAUACCAGUCAUGUUGUUGCGAAAUAUCGACCAGUCUGCAAGCUUGUGCAAUGAAACAAGGCUGCGUAUCACAUAUACGGGCAAGAACUUCAUCAGGCCGAUCACAUUAAAUGGAAGGAGCACAGGUGACCAGGUGCUCAUUCACCGCAUGGACAUGAAUCUGUUAGAGACCACCCUCCUGUUCAAAAUGGUGAAACGACAGUUCCCAUUCAUCAUCUCUUUUGCAAUGACCAUCAACAAGAGCCAGGGCCAAUCAUUAACCAAGGUUGAUUUGUACCUAUCCAGGUCGGUGUUCACACAUGGGCAGCUGCAUGUUGCAUUGUCAAGGGUCAAGAAUAUGGACGGUCUCAAAAUAUUGGUCCUUAAUUCUGACAGUAAACCCACAAAUGUUACUUGA